CGAUACUUUGACGACCGAGACAUGCAAGAAAGCCCCCGAUCUUCACAAGAAACAUAUGCAUCGACGGUCGAAAGCGAGGCAGAGCCGGUGAAACAGACAACCGAAUACGAUGUCCCCGACUUUGCAGCGCAACCUCGUGUGGGCGCAUCAAACGUGCUCGAGGCUACUCCGGCAGACUUCUCGGAACUCUUCCCCUCAAGCAGACGCUUAAUCAUCCAUCAUGACGACACGACCCUCGAUGGCAACAUGAAUUUAAGAAUUGAUACGGGACUGCAUGUUGGAGCAAAGCGACUCGAGAUGACCCUGUUCCACUUGCGCAUGCAUGACCUCAAGAACCGCCAGUUCUCCCUGCGACGAUAUUGUAGGGAUUCCGGCCGCGAAGUGUGCCACUCUUCCCGAAAACCAGCAACCCACAAACGGCCCGGGUUUCAGCGAUCACUCAGCAAUGCGCUGAAUAGUAUGCGGCCCAAACCCGACAGCAAGAGUUCCACAAGUCCCAAUCUCGCCGGUCUCGCGCGGCAUGAUUCUGGCUAUGGCUCUAUGCACUCCAUGGAUCUGAAUGAAGAAGCUCGGCCAGUAUCCGCAGGACAGGAUUCCAACAACCAAGAGCUUUCAUCCAGCCACAUCGUCAAGCUGGAAUUUUCGAACUACGCUCAUGUAGAGAUCAAGCGCGCAGGCACUUCCACUGUCAAGUACGAGUUCGAGUACUGGGGCGUCCACUACACGUGGAAGCGGGUGGUGAAGAAGCUCAGUCACGCCAAAGAAACCUCCUUCCAACUGAAAAGAGACGGAUGCGAGAGCGUGCUCGCCAAGAUUGUACCCACUGCCCUCACUCCGCGACAAACCGAAGAAGAGCAAGACAAAGGCGGCUGGAUUCCACCUUGUUCCUUGCGCAUCGAAGACGACAACAUCCUCCGCUCCAUGAAAGAUGUCUCGGAUGUUGUCGUCGCAACUGGGCUGAUGGCUCUCGUUGACGAUGCGAUUCGGUCACGCUUCCAUUCCAGGACCGAGAGGCAGCUGCUCGUGCCCCUUCCAAAGGGCUCGAUGGAGCUGGACUACAUCAGCCCAAAGAAGCUGAUUGGCGACAUGUUCAACCGG